UUUAGUUCUAUGCAUUCACAUGAAGUUUGUCCUCGUAGGGCUUCCCGUAGUUGCCGGCUGGUAGUGGAGGUCAGGCAUGCUCAUCAAACAACUGCGAAAUGCUAUGUAACCGCCGAAACACACGUGAAUUCCAUUCAGGAGCAAAGACAAAAAACAGUAAGGCCUUUUUAAAAUGUCGUUCCACUGAGCUAAGCGAGGGCUCGCUUGGACCGAACGCGUAAAGAACGAACAGAGCGACAUAGAGAACUGACCGUCCGUUUUGUCCUACAAAGGCAGUUUGACAGUUAGCAGGGCCUGGUAUUAGAUAAACUGCUGUAGGAGGAGUGGCGGGCAACAAGAGGACUACAUGAAGAAAUAAGUUGCCUUCUCCAUCAAAUAAAAUACGAUUCAAGCAUGAGGAAGGACGUGAGGAUUCUACUUGUCGGGGAACCCAAAGUUGGGAAAACGUCCCUAAUCAUGUCUCUGGUCAGUGAGGAGUUUCCUGAUGAGGUUCCUCUCAGAGCCGAGGAGAUCACCAUCCCUGCAGACGUCACCCCAGAGAGGGUGCCCACACACAUAGUGGAUUACUCAGAGGCCGAGCAAUCGGAUGAGCAGCUCUAUCAAGAAAUAUCCAAAGCCAAUGUUAUAUGCAUAGUGUAUUCAGUCAACAACAAGAAGUCCAUUGAGAAGGUUACGAGCCAUUGGAUUCCCCUCAUCAAUGAUAGAAUAGAUAAAGACAGCAGAGUGCCAUUAAUUCUUGUGGGCAACAAGUCCGACCUGGUGGAGCACAGCAGCAUGGAAACCAUCCUGCCAAUCAUGAAUCAAUACCAGGACAUUGAGACGUGUGUGGAGUGCUCUGCCAAAAAUCUAAAGAACAUCUCAGAGCUCUUCUACUACGCCCAAAAGGCAGUUCUCCACCCGACCGGACCUCUUUACUGUCCAGAGGAGAAGGAGUUGAAGCCCUCGUGCAUUAAGGCUUUAACUCGAAUCUUUAAAGUGUCCGACCUGGACAACGAUGGCAUCUUGAACGACAACGAGCUCAACUUUUUUCAGAGAACGUGUUUUAACACACCACUGGCGCCGCAGGCCUUAGAGGACGUUAAAAAUGUGGUCAGAAGGAACAUGGCUGAUGGAGUCCAGGACAAUGGGCUCACACUAAAAGGCUUUUUGUUCCUGCACACCCUGUUCAUACAGCGUGGUCGACACGAGACGACCUGGACCGUGCUCAGGAGGUUUGGUUACGAUGACGACCUGGAGCUCACGCAGGAAUAUCUCUUCCCAGUGGUCAAGAUCCCUCCUGACUGCACCACAGAGCUGAACCACAAUGCUUACCUCUUUCUUCAGAGUGUCUUCGACAAGCACGACAAAGACAGAGAUUGUGCACUGUCGCCAGAGGAAGUGAAGGACCUGUUCAAAGUGUUUCCUUACAUGCCGUGGGGUCCUGACGUCAACAACACGGUGUGCACUAACGACAAGGGAUGGAUCACGUACCAGGGUUACCUCUCCCAGUGGACGUUAACAACCUAUCUUGACGUCCAGCGAAGUCUGGAGUAUUUGGGUUACCUGGGCUACUCCAUCAUCUAUGAGCAGGAGUCCCAAGCAGCUGCAAUAACAGUCACUCGCAACAAGCGCAUUGACCUGCAGAAGAAACAGACGCAGCGCAGUGUCUUUCGCUGCAACGUCUUAGGAGCCCGAGCGAGUGGGAAGAGUGGCUUCCUACAGGCCUUCUUAGGAAAGAACCUCCAGCGACAGAGACGGAUUAGAGAAGACCACAAGUCCCUCUACGCCAUCAGCACCACUUAUGUGUACGGCCAAGAGAAGUACCUUCUGCUCCACGAGGUGAUGCCAGAUUUUGACUUCCUGUCAGAGGUCGACCUCGCCUGUGACGUCGUCUGCCUCGUCUAUGACGUCAACAAUCCGCAUUCAUUUGAAUACUGCGCUAAAAUGUUCAAGCAAUACUUCAUGGACAGCAAAACGCCAUGCGUGGUGAUAGCCGCCAAGUCGGAUCUGCACGAGGUACGCCAGAACUACAACCUCUCGCCGCACGAGUUCUGUCGCAAACACAAGCUCCACCCACCCCAGCCGUUCACGUGCAACACAACGGACGCGCCCGGCAAAGACCUCUACACGAGACUCACCACCAUGGCCAUGUACCCCCAUGUCCGUCUGCGUUGCAUGUGUGCCUGCAACAAGUGCACCUAUUGCCUGUGUCAGAAGCUCCUCAAGCUGGAGUUGCUGCGCAGCGUUAAGGCCCAACUGCGCAGAGUCGCACACAACAGACACAUGGCGCAAGCAGACCUGAAGAACUCCACGUUCUGGUUGAGGGCGAGCGUGGGCGCCACCGUGUUCGCCGUGCUGGGCUUCGCCAUGUACAGAGCGCUUCUAAAGCAGCGGUGAUAUCAUUGGACAACCUCCACUUUCUCCUCCUCCUUUUUUGUUGUCACCUGAAAGACUGGCUGACCCAUCAGGUUACCUCCUGGCCCCCUGCCCAAUCAUUUUAUAUGCAUCUAAACAUGAAGUGUCAAUCCUUCUGUUGAGGGCGAAAUGCAAUUUGUGAUGUUCUCCUCACCUCCCAGUCCAUUAUGAAAUGCUGACAGUGCGGCCCAGGUCUGUUUUUAGCUGGAGGCUCAUUUAGUUUCUUCUCAGGUCAAGUAUUAGUCGAGGCAGAACGCCGCAAAGGGACUUGAGUGUGUAUAUGCAGUACAGUAUAUUCCAAGUCAUGUAUGCCCCCACUCAAACAGCACCUCAUUUAACAACAUGGAUGUCAUAUAGUGCUUUCCUUUUUAUUUAUUAACCUGUCCAUAUGUUUUGUUUCUACACCAUCACACAUAUUUUCCAUGUAUUUUUGUAUUUAGCAUGAUAAACCAUACGUUUUUGUCAGGUUUUCAACUAGCGCUUUCAUUUGUUACCAGAUUAUUCUAUUACAAUUUGGGGGGGGGGGGCUUCUCAAGUGUGCCGUGUCAAAUG